CGUACCUGUCCGCCCCUACACCACUUUACCUGAAGUUUGGCUCCGUCUGAUGCUCUGCUCCCGCUAGUCUGUAGCUUGAUCAGCGGUCAUGAAAAUGUUGUAUAUUAGCUGCAGUUUAGUUUUGGUAUGGUUGUCUCUGCCAGGCAGUUCGUUUGGCGAGGUAGUGUUCCGAUGUCCCAGCUGCACCGCCGAGCGCCUGGCUAGCUGCCCGUUGCCCGUGACGCUCUGUACCGAGAUUGUGCGGGAGCCCGGCUGCGGCUGCUGCCCGGUGUGCGCCCGCGAUCAAGGCGAGAGCUGCGGCGUCUAUACUCCACGCUGCUCCUCAGGUCUCCGAUGCUAUCCUGAACCGGGAUCUGAAUUACCCCUGCAAGAGUUGGUGCAGGGCAACGGGCGCUGCGGACGGAGGGACGAUCGCGAGAAUAAGGGUAGUUAUGAGCAUGGCAUGGAUACGGGUACGGAGUUACUUGAUGUCUCAGAGGUCAGCCUGACAGACCCCCAACCAGAAAAUAAGAAAACAAAUGGAAGGCCUGGCAUUAAAGAUAUUGCUGUUUUACGGCUGAAACUGAUUGACAAAGGGCGCCAACUGAACAAGGGGCCUAAACCUUCUCCAGCUCAGGAGGAAAGACGGGUCAGGCCUAAAGCAAGCUUAUGCCAGCAGGAACUGGACCAGGUCCUAGAGAAAAUUUCCAUGAUGCACCUUCAUGAUGACAAAGGUCCCCUGGAACACCUGUACACACUAAAUAUCCCAAACUGUGACAGAAGGGGUCUUUAUAACAUGAAACAGUGUAAGAUGUCAGUCAAUGGACAGCGGGGUGAAUGCUGGUGUGUAAACCCAGAAACUGGCCUGCAGAUUCCCGGGUCUCCUAUCAUAAGAGGUGACCCUGAAUGUCAUCGCUACCAGGCUGGGCUGGAAGUUGACGGUUCUCUAGGCAUUCAAAAAUAGCCCUCCAACUGGAAGGAAAGAUUCAGCAAAAGAAGUAAAGCUCAACUGAUGAAAGAAUUCAGUUCACAUAACUGCUCAGCUACUGAAUAUGUUGUUCAUUCCUGUUUAUUUCAUGUAAUAUGUAAAUAUGGUUUUAGCAAGCAGACCUCAAUAAUAUCACAUUUGAGUACUCAAAACUUUUAAGUAUUAUAACACUGCCUUGAUAAGUAGGAGACCUAUUGGUGCAUUAAGAAAAAAUAUCUGAAAAAACAGUGUACAGGGGUAUUUUUGAUUGUGAAGGAUUCCAUUAUGCAUUCUGAACUCAUCAGAAGUAAAUGUGUAAGCAAAUCUAGACAAAUGUAACCUCUUUUUCAUACUCAAUAUGUAAAUCAGAUUUUAUUUCAUAUUUGGGGAUUUUGUCAUUUUCAUAGGUAAUUAGGUUUGUUAAAUUUCAUUUUGAAAUGUAUUUAUGAAUUAUUAUCAGGUUUUUGUCAUCUUAAUUUUUCCACCUCAGAACUACUUUAAAUCGGGCGUGUUACCUUAUUGUUGCAUGUUGUCUACCUGGUGCUGUGUAAGUUAGUGAGCGAUUUCUGAAGAUGACCGUUUUUUUUUUUUUUUUUGAUGGAAUUAAUUUUUGCACGACACAAGUAAUUCAGAAGUAUUGUAUGUAAAGUGAGUAGAAAGCAAGACAAAGAAACUUUAAUUUGAUAAGUAUAUUCAAUUGCAGUGAAGCAUAUUUUUGCUGAUAUACAAUACUUUUAUGCACUGUGUAUUAGCCAUUUUGGUGUAAAAAUCUAAUUGGAUAUAAUAACAUAUAAAAUCAAACAGAUGACAUUGAGAAAUCUUCAUAAAUAAAUGAUGAUUGAUUAAUGUAA